AUGCGGGCCUAUUGUGUGCUCUGUACUCUGUACUCUGUACUUAGUGGGUUUAAUAUCCCAUGGUAUGAUCUUAAAGGAAUGAUUAAUGAGAUGGAGAUUACUAAUGGGGGACAAUUUGGACCCCAAAGUCAUAAUGUAGGGAGAGUAAUAAGAUCAUCGGUUAACGUGUUGUACAGACGAUGCUCGUUCUCACCGGUCGGCGAUGUAGGCAUGGGCAUGGUGUCCGACCAGACACUGGCCACACCCGACGGUCUCGACCAGCCUUGUGCAACCCUAACCACGCCAGACGGCGAGCAAGGGAUGCACCCACGGAUCCCGGCCAAUAAGGGCGGCAGGCUGGGCGAUCAGCGUGACAGAAGCAUCACUCGGUCGAGAUUAGGUUCCUUUGGCCAGUGA